UCUUGACAGAUGUGUGCUCUUUAGCAUCCAUUUAGCUUAAAAGUGCUAACCUAUAGCAACUUGUUUCAGUCAUGUGCUGAAGUUUUCGUUUGGAUGUAACUAGUAAUGUUUGUGGGAAGGUAGAACUGUAAAGAAAAGGCAAAUGAACUUGUCGUGAGUGUCCAGCCACUCUAGUGUGACGUUUCACCUGCAUCUGCUGUCCUGUCGAGAAAUUAGCUUCUCUCUGCCGUCACUACUCUCGGUUCCAGCUCUGUGUGUUUGUCUCUGCAGCCUCAUUUUGGAAGGGGUGAGCAUGGUGGCUGGUGUUGGAGGGUGUAAGGAGUGGGCUGGUGUCAGCUUUCACCCACAAGAAAGCAUGAUUAGACUAUUCUGGUGCCUGGAAUACUGGCAGGGUUUAGUUUUCAGGCAAGAAUUAGGUGGCAGGGCGACUUUGCGAUCCAGGAAUGCCGACCUGGAUAAAAGUACCUGCUGCUGAGUUCUAAAAUAAACCCUCAGAAAGGCUUACCUACGUCACUGCCUGUACAUAUUGUGCCCUACCAGCCUUCUGGUCAGCAAAGGGUGGGCAGCAGUCCUUGUGGGUGGGGGCAGAGCUGGCUCUGGGGGUAGAUCAGUCCUGGUGAAAGGCUUGCUUUGCGGUGCCCUCACCGUCAGUCUAAUCGGUUUUGAGGGGGGGGAUAGGGCUUCUGCCUGACAGCUGGGGGGAGAGAUGCCUUCGUCGGUGAGGGGUCCGAUUCUGCCUGGAGGUCACCUGACAGUCUUGUGUUGUUGUGUGAAUUUGGUCUGGCACUAUUCUUAGCCAGCUCUGGUGCAAGGGUGAGGAGAGGGCAGAGGAGAGUCUGGAAAGAGAUGAAGAAUGAUGCCCAGCUGGCCGUUGCCUGAGCUGGAAUCGAGCCAGAUCAGACUGAUCGUGUAUCAAGACUGCGAGCGGCGGGGAAGAAACGUCCUCUUCGAUUCCAAUGCCAAAAAGAAGAGCGCAGAAGAUACCCUGGUCACGAAGCCAAGCGGCGAGCCGCAGGGCAGAGGGCCGGGGCGGUGCUGCCGGCUCCGACCCAAUGGGGGCAGCUCCAGCUCCCUGGACAGCACCUGCUCCACGGCCUCGGAGCCUCGGGAAUCUCGGGAGCCGGGCCUUCGCUUCCAGGGAUCCCGCUGCUCUUCUGAUGCCAACAUGCUGGGGGAGAUGAUGUUUGGCUCGGUGGCGAUGAGUUACAAGGGCUCUACGCUGAAAAUCCAUCAGAUACGGUCUCCUGCUCAGUUGAUGCUGAGCAAAGUGUUUACAGCUCGGACAGGGAGCAGCGUUUACGGAAGCCUGAACACAUUACAGGAUAGCCUCGAGUUCAUCAACCAAGACUCCGUUGCACUUAAACCGGAUCAAAACACUGUGGUCAACAGCUUCCUGGGGAACAUAGGUUUCUCUCAGCUCUGCAGCUCCCGUCGCGCCUUCUCUGAACAGGGCCCCCUUCGCCUGAUCAAGAGUGCCUCUUUCUUUGCAGGGCCGACCACGCCGAUGGACAUGCCCGGCCGGGGCCAGUACGACGAGCGGGACAGCGGAAUCGCCAGAUCAGCCUCCCUCAGCAGCCUGCUAAUAACCCCCUUCCCUUCGCCGGGCUCCUCGCUCACCAGCAGCUGUGCCAGCAGCUACCAGCGGCGCUGGCUCCGCAGCCAGACCACCAGCCUGGAGAACGGGGUCUUCCCGCGAUGGUUAGCGGAGGAGAGCUUCAACAUGUCUGAUGACAGCAGUGGUCCUGGCCUUGGGGUAGCCAGGAAGAAGAAGAUCGCCAUCGGCAUCAUCUUUCAGCUGUCGGAGGACGAGGACCAGAGCAGCAAGUUCCAGGGCUUCUUCUUCUCUCACUUCCCCCUCUUUGAGAGUCACAUGAACAAGCUGAAGAGUGCGAUCGAGCAGGCCAUGAAAAUGAGUCGAAGGUCAACUGACGCAAGCCAAAGAGCACUGGCUUACAACCGCAUAGUGGAUGGGCUCAAUGAAUUCAGGACGACCAUCUGCAACCUUUACACCAUGCCUCGCGUGGGCGAGCCAGUGUGGCUGACCAUGAUGUCGGGGGCAUCGGAGAAGAACCAGCUCUGCAGCCAGUUCAUGAGGGAGCUGUCCAUUCUCAUGGAGCAAGCCUCCAAGAACCAGUUUCUUCCAGCUCUGCUCACGGCCAUCCUCACUAACCACUUGGCGUGGGUGCCUACGGUGAUGCCCAACGGCCAGCCGCCUAUCAAGAUCUUCCUGGAGAAGCACUCCUCUCAGAGCGUGGACAUGCUGGCGAAAACGCACCCAUACAACCCGCUGUGGGCACAACUCGGCGAUCUGUACGGCGCGAUCGGCUCGCCUGUGCGUCUCUCCCGGACCGUGGUGGUCGGCAAGCGGCAGGAGCUGGUACAGAGGCUGCUCUACUUCCUCACCUACUUCAUCCGCUGCUCGGAGCUGCUGGAGACGCACCUGCUGGAGAGCGCUGAGGACGAGGCCAUCGUGAUGCCCGGUUCCCUCAUCACCACAUCGCUGCGCCGCGGGGAGGUGGAGGAGUCCGACUACGUCCUGGUCACCAUGCACAAACCGCACGGCGACUACCCCGCUUCCACCGAGCAGGAAGCCGGGGGCCCCGUGGACGCCGGCGACGGGGGUUGUGUCCUGGACCCGGCCUCCACUGCUUUCCAAGAGGACGCCGUCCACCCGCCCCCUUGCAAAGAGAAGACAAGCCACUGCCCAGAAACCAAGGUGGAGAUGGUAGUGUGCGUGGGCUCUGUGUCGGCCAGGGAGCCGGUCGCGGUACCAGUUGUGGAAGCAGAGGCCGGCAUCAUUGGCGAGGCCCUGGAGACCGAGAGGCUGCCCAUCAACUACUUCUGUUCAUCUGGGAUACCGCUGGAGAAGAAACCCCCCGAUAAGAGCUCGACCGACCACUUCCUGCCAGGCGACCAGCAGCCAGCCCCCAAAGUGACUUUCCUCAUUGGAGAUUCCAUGUCCCCCGACUCGGACACAGAAAUCCGGGGGAAGAAAGUCGAGGAUCAAAUCAAGAAGCACAAGAGGCACCUGAAGCAGCAGCAGCAACAGCAGCAGAGGGUGCAGAGCUCCACUGAGUCAAAGUGUGAGUCAAAGCCAACGUCAGAGGACCAAACUAAGAAAAACGAGGGUAAGAAUCCGCUCCUGCAUGUCUCUAGCAAAAUGCCGCAGUGGAGCUCCUCCCACGAAGAGUGCAUGGAACUGUUUGACGAGUACUUUAGUGACGAUUACCCCGUGGAAACUCGGACUAUUGACGAUGUGUCCGGAACACAGGAAUCAAGCAACACAGACAAAACAAAGAGCCAGCUUCUGGACCCAUCGGGAGACUCUGCAGAAAAAGAGUAUAGGAUUGUGGGACAGAGGGACACGGGCAACGGCGGGUGUAGCUGUAACUCAGUGGGCGUAGUAGAUAAAGACUUUUGUGAGACUUGUUCUACAGAGCAAGUCAAAGCCAUUGUGAUCUCUGUUACUGUCCCCCAAGGGGACACGGGGGACCUGAAGAAGGUUGCCCCCCUGAAUGAGUGGGAAAUACCCCGGAAUGAGAGUUCGGACAGCGCACUGGGUGACAGCGAGAGCGAGGAUACGGCCCAGGAGCUGCAGCGUCAGGAAGGGACGUACUACGGAGACGAGCAGGAGGAGUGGCUGGAGGAAAUCGAGGUCCCCUUUCCGGGAUCCAAACUGGUAGAGAAUUACUCCAAGCCCACAAUUGCCAACUUUGGAAGAUCUCUUUUUGGAGGUUACUGUCAAACCUACGUCCCCGACUUUGUUCUGCAUGGGAUGCCGAAUGACGAGAAGCUGAAGCAGUGCCUCAUGUCGGACUUGGCUCACGCUGUGCAGCAUCCAGUGUUAGAUGAGCCCAUCGCAGAGGCCGUCUGCAUCAUAGCCGACACGGACAAGUGGACCGUGCAGGUGGCCAGCAGCCAGAGACGAGCUACUGACGGCAAACUUGGCAAGGAAGUACUGGUGUCCAACUUGGUGUCCAGUCUGCUCCAUUCGACCCACCAUCUGUACAAACUCAACAUGUCCCCAAACUUUUGCAUCAUGCACCUCGAGGACAGACUGCAGGAGCUUUACUUCAAGAGCAGAAUGCUGGCAGAGUACCUGAAGGGCCAAACACGAGUUCAUGUCAAAGAGCUGGGAAUGGUGUUAGGCAUCGAAUCCAGUGAUCUCCCCCUAUUGGCAGCAGUCGCAAGCACCCACUCACCGUAUGUGGCCCAGAUACUGCUCUAGAUGGCCCAGAGCCACCCGCGGUGGAAAACCAGUCUAGAACCAGAGGACUAUCAGGAAUACAGCGCUGGUUCUAAGUGAGCGUGCCCAGCCCAGCCCGGAGUGGCACGGCAAGGCAUGGCUCGGUGUGGACCGGCCAAAGGGUAGGUGGGUGGUCUCAGCUGGUCCUGCUGCAGCUCUCGGCGCCCUAGAGGCAGGGCUGUCCCAGGAAAACGGGGCCCGGUGCCAGGCGCCACAGCACCCACGGCGCAGCAGACGCUGUCUGUGCCUGUACAGACUGAAGAUUUACAGAGACGCUCCCCCCAGCGUGGAGGAUGUUCUCCUUUGUUUGAAUGUUGUACUGGUAUUUUGCAUCUGGAAUGCUUUUUUUUUUUCUCUUGACAAUCCAGGAAAAACGACAGAUUUUUUUGGUCUUCUUCCUCUACAAAUGCAGAUAGUACAGUCAGACCUCAGACAUACGCGAGGUUAGGUUCCAGAACCCGUCGCGAAUGAGGAGGAUUCACGGAUGUUUGGUAGAGUCACUAAAAAUGGUAAUAUGUGCUUAUGUCUAUAGUUUAAACCCUAAAUAUGACCUCAGUCGUGCUCCCAAAACACUUUAACUUCAUAGUACAGUAUCACCUAACGGAUUUUUAUCACAAUAGCACGUUUACAGUACAGUAUACUAAUGUUACCCCUACUAAUUCAUAGAACACGGCAUUGGCUGCCAUUUUCUUUUGCAUCCACAGUAAGGUAAAAUGAGUAAACAAAUGGGAGUGUAAACUUAUUGACAGA